AUGCCCUUCCUCGGCCUCCCACCAGAGUUACACAUCGCCAUCGCCGAGGUCCUGCCUAUUCCCGACUACUUACAGCUCCGUUUAACCUGCGCUUACCUAUACGACUCACUUUCCCCUCCCACCCACCGCCAACUCGUGGACGCCGAGGCGACCGACUGGGCUCGUCAUCACAAUGUCUUUACCUGUCGAUAUUGUCUACGCCUGCGCCCGGCCGUUUAUUUCGCCGAUCGGAUGUUGCAGCAUCGUCGUUCUCGCGCGGCCCGGGACUGCCAUAAGCGCUUCUGUAUUGACUGCGGUCUGAUGCCUCGCGAGGAUGGGGGUACCGCCCGCUAUGGGCCUGGCGCCCAAGUGACUAUCAAUGAACAAUUCUUUGUCCUUUGUCUUUCUUGCCAUCGAUUUCUACCCGGCGCACGAGAUCGUCAUGGCCGGAAUACUUUGGAAUGUAUCUCAUGUUGGCAGAUCCGCUGCCUACGGGCGGGUGUAACAAUCGGGUCCUUGGCGAAGAUCGAUCAUCCUUCUACGAGUGAAUCUGGAUAUACCUACAGGCGAAACACGGAGGCAAAGGAAGAAAAUUGA